AUGUCUGCCUCCAAGACCCCUGUUCUCUUCCUCGGUGCCACCGGCUACGUCGGCGGAACGUUCCUCAGCCGCGUACUCGCGGACCCGAGCUCCUCCCAAGCUCGAUCUCACCCUCUACGUCCGCUCCGCCGACAAGGCCAAGCGGCUCGAGGAGGACUUCCCCGGUGUCAAGACCGCGAUCGGGACGCUCGCGGAGCUCGACAAGCUCGAACAGCUGUCGAGCAGGCGCACGUCGUGAUCAACUUUGCGAACGCGGACGACGUCGAGAUGGCGAAGGCGAUCCUGGGCGGGAUGAAGACGCGCCACGCCAAGCUCGGAGUCCGCCCCUUCGUCUUGCACACCACUGGCACCGGGGUCCUCGUCGACUUCAGCCGCAAGCUGGGGAACUUGAUCACGGACGACAUCUACUCUGAUCUCGACGUCGACAAACUAGACACGAUCCCCGCCGAGGCUCUGCACCGCCCGGUCGACCUGCUCUUCCUUGAGGCGGACAAGGAAGGCUACAUGCGUGCCAUUCAGGUGUGCCCUCCGAUGAUCUACGGCAAGUCGGAAGGGAUACUCGCGAAGAAGGGCGUGACGAACACGCACUCGCUGCAAGUGCCGGCGCUGAUCCGGGACGCGCUGAUUCGCAAGCGGGUCGGGAUCAUCGGCGAGGGCCAGGGGAUCUGGGACAACGUCCACGUCGAGGACCUGGCCUCGCUCUACGGGAUCAUCCUCCGCCGCCUGGUCUCGAGCCCUGCCUCGAUCACGCACGGCCGUGACGGGUACUUCUUCGCCGAGAACGGGGAGCACCUCUGGCUGGACCUCUCGAGGCGUGUCGCGGAGGCGCUGUUCGCGCUCGGGGCGAUCGAGAGCGCGGAGCUGGUGAAGUUCGAGACGGAGGAGAGGAUCGGGGAGUUCGCGAAGGACGAGGCGUACGUGUUCGCGAACGGGACGAACGCGCGGUCGCGGGCGGACAGGGCGCGGUCGCAGCUCGGGUGGGCGCCGACGCGGACAGUGGAGGACUUGUGGGCGAGCAUCAAGCCGGAGGCGGAAGCGCUGAUCGCGGAGAAGGGUGCGAACUAG